AUGUACACACUGAUGAUCUCCCUCUCCAUGGGCCAGCUCCCUAAUUGCCAUAGGAGGCAAAUAUCACUGAAUAAAAAUGCUGACAGAAGUGGGAAGAUUGUUCCACCACAAGUGCACACUGAAGUAGAGUAUGAUUAUGAAUAUGAAGCAAAGGACAGAAAGGUUGUGAUAAAACAAGCACAGUGGAACAUCUUGGUGAAGAAGACAAAUGAUGACUGGUGGCAAGUCAAACCAGAUGAGAAUGCCAAAGCAUUUUAUGUGCCAGCCCAGUGUGUCGAGGAAGUCACCCGCAAAGCUCGAAUGCCUCCUGUCAAACAGGCAGUUGGACUGCCAAAUAAUUCCAUGAAAAUCAUACAAAGUCUACAUCUUCAGAGAGCCACAGAAAAUGUGAACGAAUUGCCUGAGGUUUCUAGUUUUGGAAAGCGAUCAUCUUCCGUUCAAAGAACAGGCCUUAUUCGUGAUGCCAAUCAGAAUUUUGGACCCAGUUACAGCCCAGGCCAGACUCUCAGCCAGACCCAUAAUAAUGGAAAGUUUAUCAGUGACUCACAUUCUCCUAAAGUUCCCAGCCAGAAUAGGACGCACUUAUUUGGUCACUUUCCAGGUCUGGACUUGGACACGGAGAAAAAUAGCUUCUCCCAGGAACAGUCCUGUGGUUCCGCAGGAGAAGGCUCAGGAAGAAUCCAUCAAGAUUCUGAAUCUGGUGAUGAACUUAGCAGCAGCUCUACUGUACAGAUAAGGCCAACUGCACCUCCAAAUCAAGGGAGUUCAAGUUCUCCCGUCUAUGCCAAUCUCCAAGAACUGAAAAUAUCCCAGUCUGCUCUGCCCCUCCUUCCUGGGAGCCCAGCAAUUCAGAUUAAUGGAGACUGGGAAAGUCAUAAAGAUAGUUCAGGGCGUUGUUACUAUUGUAACAGAAAAAUACAGGAGAGAACUUGGAAACCCCCUUGUUGGACUUGGGAUGCAACCGUAAGCAAAGGAGAUUGCUCAAGUCCAGGAGAUCAAGAGUGGCUCAAGCAUGUUGAUGAUCAAGGUAGACAAUAUUACUACAGUGCAGAUGGCUCUUGGUUGGGGUGGGAACUGCCAAAGUGUAAUGCUUUGUCCCAGAAGCAGAAAGAAAUAAUUAAAAGUAGGAGCCUGGACAGACGGCUGCAGGAACUAUUGUUAACGAAAUGGAAACAUAACACAAUUGUAUUAGACACCAAUGACAAGGGUCAAGAGAAAUAUGGAUUAUCAAUUGUAACAAAAAUUACUGAAAAUUCUCUGGGAUCAACCCAGCCCCCCAGCUCCCUGGAGGCGGGGAGCAGCUCGGCGGGGGCUCUGCCAGGGCCCCGGGACCCCGGAGCCGGGAAGGGCUCUCGGGGUGCGCCCCGCCCCCUACCCCGCCAGCGCCCGGUGCCUGGGGAGACGGCGCCCCCUGCCGUCCCACUUCCCAGUAGCGAAGGUCCGGAGCAUGGGCCACCCGCCCUGGGUCGCCUCCAGCCCCGGGACCACCUGCACCUGCAGGCCCCCGUGGCCGGUGGCUUCACCUUCUUUGACCAAGCACCUUGGCGGCGAUUCGGGGCCUUCGCCUAG